CAUCAUUUCCGUUAUUAGAGGCAGUAGUAUGAGGGUGUAAUACAAGGAGUUUAGCCGCCGAGUAACGCAGUCUUGACCCCCGCGAAUACAGCAGUGAAUAUCGAGGACAUGGGACCGUGAAAGUAUGGCGGAUGCCGAGGAGCCGGAGAAGAAAAGACGGCGAAUAGAGGACCUGACUGAGAAAAUGGCUGUAGAUGGUGGACACUGUGACAUUUCCUGCGACUGGGAUGGGCGGUGGAAUCAUGUGAGGAAGUUUUUGGAGAGACCCGGCCCAUUCACCCAUCCUGACUUUGAGCCCAGCACUGAGUCUUUACAGUUCUUGUUGGAGACAUGCAAGAUUCUGGUAAUUGGUGCAGGAGGACUCGGAUGUGAGCUCCUCAAAAAUCUGGCGCUGUCUGGGUUUCGUCUCAUUCAUGUGGUUGACAUGGACACAAUUGAUGUGUCCAACCUCAACAGACAGUUCCUCUUUAGGCCCAAAGAUGUCGGACGACCAAAGGCAGAAGUGGCUGCUGAUUUUAUCAACGGUCGUAUCCCUGGAUGUAAAGUUGUCCCUCACUUCAAAAAGAUCCAAGACUUUGAUGAGUCUUUCUACAGGCAGUUCCACAUUAUUGUUUGUGGACUGGACUCCGUUAUUGCCCGACGCUGGAUGAAUGGAAUGCUGAUAUCCCUCCUGAGCUAUGAAGAUGGAAUUCUGGAUCCCAGCUCUAUUAUUCCCCUCAUUGAUGGAGGGACAGAGGGCUUUAAAGGAAACGCUCGAGUCAUUCUGCCUGGCAUGACUGCAUGCAUCGACUGCACACUAGAGCUGUACCCACCACAGAUUAAUUUCCCCAUGUGCACUAUCGCUUCAAUGCCACGGCUGCCUGAGCAUUGCAUUGAAUAUGCCAGAAUCUUGCAGUGGCCCAAAGAGAAGCCAUUUGGAGAAAUCAGCUUAGAUGGUGACAAUCCAGAGCACAUCCAAUGGGUGUUCGAUAAAGCCCAAGAGAGAGCUGCAGAGUUUAACAUCACAGGAGUGACAUACAGACUAACCCAAGGAGUUGUGAAGAGGAUCAUUCCUGCUGUAGCGUCAACUAAUGCUGUUAUCGCUGCUGCUUGUGCCACUGAGGUUUUUAAAAUUGCUACAAGUGCAUAUAUUCCUUUAAAUAAUUACCUGGUCUUUAAUGAUGUGGAUGGCCUCUACACCUACACCUUUGAAGCAGAACGAAAGGAGAAUUGUUCAGCGUGCAGCCAGGUGCCACAGGAUCUGCAGUUUCCUCCCUCUGCUAAAUUGCAGGAGGUUUUAGAGUACCUGACAGAGAACGCCUCUCUGCAAAUGAAAUCCCCCGCUAUCACCACAACUCUGGAAGGGAAGAAUAAAACACUGUACUUGCAGUCUGUUAAAUCCAUUGAGGAGCGAACCAGGCCAAACCUGUGCAAGACGUUAAAAGAACUGGGUUUGUCAGAUGGACAGGAACUAGCUGUGGCUGAUGUCACUACACCACAGACUGUUCUUUUCAAGCUUAAUUUCACCACCUGAUACUGUACUUUGACACAAUGCACUGAUCUCUGAACUAGGUCUCACUUAAUGAUGUUACUAUGCUAUUACGGUAGUAUAUUUAAAACGAUGGUGUAAAUAAGGCUGUUAACAAAGGCUCUCAGUUGUGUUGUCUUAUGAGUGCAGAAAUCAAUUGACAUUGUUUUUCUAUUAGUAAUAUUGUUUACUCAUAUUUGUAUUUGUGCAUCGUAGCUUCUUUCCCAUCAGUCAAAUGAUAAUAAUGAUGUGCACUAAGCUGUAAUAAAGUUUUAUUAUUAUGAUCAUAGAGGAAGCCUAAUUUACGUCACACAUCAGCUACAUUUUUGUCAUUUCUCUUCACUGAGAAUCAACAAGGCAGUGUUUUGCUUGACUUUGAAGGACUAAAUACAGCUGUCAAACCUGGGCUACAUAUUCAACACAUAAUGGCUUUAAAAACAUACAACUCUGGAGGAAGCUUCUUAUUAAAAUAGAAAUGGCCAUUUUAUGUGACACCCUGUUAUUACAACUGAUUUGUUUUACCGUCUCCCCUUGUUUACUUUGUAAAUAUAUCAUGAAACAUGUUUUGUAUUUCAGUUUUCUAUUUUACAUUAGUGAUCUGUUGCUACUUAAAGUAAAUUGGGAAGACAUCUGGCAAACAAUUGCGCGUUUGCUUCUUUGGAAACUGGCCAUCAUAAGUUGUUUUAUGUAUAAAACAAAACUAAAAAAAAAUAAAGAAGUCAUAACAGCACAAA